AUCGAGCACGACAGAGAUGAGUCGGCGCCUCCCAAGCCUGGCGCUACUUUUCUCGACACGUACCGCUCAUACUCGCCCGAGCUGGCCAAGGAGACCGAGGCUCGGCUGCUGCGCAAGAGGGACAUCCGCAUCAUGCCCCUCAUCGUCCUCAUCUACCUGUUCAACUUCCUGGACCGCAACUCGAUAACCCGGCCAGACUGUACCACCUCCAGGAGGACUUGAACGUGCAGGGCGCCAUGUAUCAGACGGCAAUCUCCAUUUUCAGUGCUUCAUACAUAUUCAUGCAGUUGCCUUCUACCAUACUCAUGAGCAAGUUGCAGCCUCACAUCUUCUUGCCAUCCUGCAUCGUGACCUGGGCUAUCAUCAGCGGCUGCACGGGCGCCACGACCAACGCGGCCGGCCUUCUCGUGGUACGCUUCUGCCUGGGCAUCGUCGAGGCGCCCUUCUUCCCGGGCUCCAUCUACUUCCUGUCGUGCUGGUACACCAAGAAGGAGCUGGGUGUCCGCAUGGCGCUUCUCGUCAGCGGCCUGCUCCUGUCCAACGCGUUCGCGGGCCUCAUCUCGGCGGGGCUGCUCUCCGGGAUGAAUGGCGUCGGCGGCCUCGCGGCGUGGCGCUGGCUAUUCAUCAUCGAGGGGCACGCCACCGUCGUGCUGGGCGUCGUCUGCUUCUUCGUGCUGCCCGACUACCCGGGCACGACGAGCUGGCUGAGCGAGACCGAAAAAGUCGUCGCGCAGGCCCGCUUGGUCGCCGACGCGGGCACCGAAGACGAGGGCGUCCUCAGCGAAGACACCACCACCAUCUGGCAGGGGCUGAGCUGGGCCGUGCAAGACUACCGCACGUGGCUGUUCGCGUGCCUGCAGGUGGCCACGACGGCAUCCAUCUCCUUCUCCAACUUCUUCCCCACCGUGCUCCAGCAGCUCGGCAUCAAGAGCUCGACGACGGUCCUGCUCCUCACCGCACCCCCUUACCUCUUCACCUUCACCUGGGCCGUGUCCUUUGCCUUUGACGCAGACAAGCGGCAGAAGCGCUCCCCGCACGCCAUCAUCUCGGGCCUAGUGGCCAUGGCAGGGACGGUCUGCACCGUUGCGCUGCCCGCGGAGCAGCGCUGGCCAAAGUACGCCCUCACGUUUGUCAUUUGCGCGGGGAGGUUUGGCAUCUACUCGAAGACGUACACCUGGCUCUCGUCGACGAUUGUGCAGCCGCGCAUCAAGCGCGCGUGCGCGAUUGGCGUGGCGAAUACCUGCGCCAACACGGCGGCGCUGUUCUCGAGUUACUUCUGGAUUGACAAGUUUCAGCCCCAGUUCAAGCAGUCCUGGGCGUGUGUCUUGGGGUUCCAGUGCUUGGGCAUGGCGUGCAUUUUGGGACUGAGGUAUACGUUGAAGAGGAAGAACAGGCAGUUUGAUGAGCUUGACCAGAGGAAUUUGGGGGUCGCUGGGAUUGAGGCAGAGGGGAGGGUGUUGAGUGCUGAUGAGAAGAGGGCUGUGAACACGGGGUUUCGGUUCAUUACGUAGAGGGAGUCUGAACAUGAAAGGAAGGGUAUGGUCGGCUUGUUGCAAUUCGAGGUGCAGCUCUUGAGUUAACGACGCCGGGCAAGGCGAACUGUAGUAGCACACACCUGGUCUGAACCAUAGACAGACUUUCUGCACGGGGACAGCUGGCAUUGUGAUC